AUGAUGUCUGUAUGCAUCCCCUUGGUAUCCGUCGACAACACCGACAGGACCCAUUGGGACGCUAUCGAGACUCAUAUUGGUAGCCCUGGAGCAGCGGUCCAGUAUCAUGCGAAGACUCUGUACAACAUCUUCAGUCUUGACCUCGGGUUUGGAAACACAUUCCAGGACAACUGCCAGGCAUACCACAUCUUUGGUAUCUCGGCCACUGAUGUUGCGAACCAGAAGGUCCAACGUCUUCUCUACGGUAGUGAUCAGUCGAGAAGGAGACCAGAGCACAAGGUUCUCUGGGUUGUAGAUCGGAAAGUCGUCUGA